UCUGGUAUAAAAUGGCGGACGAAGCGGCACCACACAUUUCCCUAGCAUUACAUCCAGAACAUGAGGCUAAAGAGCUCGGUAGCAUCGUAAAACGUUCUUUACAACAGACGGACUGGGCGCAAACGUCCGUCCCUCAGGUGCAGUAUUCUGCCUCGACUAAAAUGUACUGCAUCCAGAUAACAGCCACAGACACCGCCACACUUACUCAUGCGCAGAUAUCCAGACACCACGGGCGUGAGCGGACAGAUCACCCAGACACAUCAGCCAUGCUUAGCACAUUGCCAGACACGUUGUGGUCUACAGAUCCCACGGACGUGGGUCUCAUUAAGUGUGAACCAGUCACGUUUGAAUUACAGUACGAUUAUCCAAUCUGGUUACGACAAUAUCCCCACAAACAGCAGGCGGAAGACGGCAUACAAGACACUAUAGACGGGCUACUACAAAAGGGGGUAUUAGAACCAUCUCAGUCAUCUUGGAUCACUGGUACAGAACUAUGCACUAAUGGCAUUCUGUACCAGAGAAAAGGGGGAGAGAGGGUAAUAAUGACUUAUGUAAGCGUAAUGUUGGAUGCAAUGGAAAAACGACAUCCAGCAUGCACACAACACGUGGCUGGAGUAGCAAAACUCAUUCAAAAGACAGCACACAUAGUGAUGGAACACCAACUUAACGUGCUAACAACACACAGCGUGGUAGCGUACGUGAACUCACACACAUUCACACUAACGGCAUUAAGACAACGCAGACUGAGCAAAAUCUUAGAAGCCCCAAAUCUCACGUUCACGCAUGAAGGCAUAAACAUGGCAGAACAAAUGAGCAACGGAGAACCACACCAGUGCACCGAAAGGGUGCACCGAGACGAAAAAGUACGACCUGACUUAUUAAGUGAACCAAUAAAAGGGGGACGUGACUUAUACACUGACGGAUGUUGCUACCAACAUGACAAAGAUGGACUGGUCUCAGCUUACGCAGUAGUAGAACAGACAGAGACAGGAACACAUACAGUACGAGCAGAGAGGAUCCAGGGACAGCAAUCAGCACAAAGAGCAGAAGUCCUGGCAGUGAUAGCAGCUCUGGAAGAGGGAAAAGACCAGAUAGUAAACAUAUACUGUACACUGACUCUGCAUAUGCAGCCGGGGCAGUACACGUAGAACUCAAACAGUGGCUCAGGGCAGGGUUCCUCACAGCUAACAGGCAGCCCAUCAGACACGAAACAGAAAUGAGACA